AUGAUUCCAAGCGAAGUACCGCCAAGACCAUGGCAUACUGUGAGCGCAGACCUGUUUAAGGUAAAUAAUUUCUGGUACAUUGUUAUUGCUGACUAUUACUCGAAAUUUCCAUUUGUGAAGAAAUUAAAUAAUUUAACAGCAACCACUGUAGUUAAUGUGGUUAGAUCGAUAUUUUCUGAGCAAGGCAUACCAGAAACGCUCAUUUGUGAUAAUGGAUCUCAAUUCACUUCUGCCCAAUUUCAAGACCUAGCGAAGAGAUAUGGUUUUAAAGUAGUCACUUCGUCACCUCAUUACCCAAAGGGGCAUGGUUUCAUUGAGAGACAGGUCCAAACUGUGAAGAAGAUCCUGUUGAAAUGCAAGGAAUCAGGAGCUGAUCCUAGUCUUGCAUUACUGUCGUUGCGUUCUACCCCGUUAAGUACAACACUCAAAUCUCCAGCAGAGCUACUAAAUGGAAGAAUGUUCAAGUCAACAUUACCAGUAAAGAUUCAUCCACCAAGCGAUCGGGAUUCGAAGGAGAAGCCAAAUCUCUUUCAAAAUCAAGCGGUACAAGUUCAAGACCCUGUUAACAAAACGUGGAGUCCAGCGAGAGUAGUUGGUUUUGGACCAACUCCUCGUUCUUAUAUUACAGAGGAUGGAUCCGGAGUUCAGUUACGGAGGAAUAGACAGUUAAUCAAGCCUGAUAUACAGAAGACACCUGAACUGAUAAAUCGUGCAGCCUGUGGAGGCAACCAGGGUGAU